ACCUGAAGUGAAACCGCUGAGCAACUACAUGUCAGAACAGCACAUUGUGCGUUUUCAGCUCAGGUGUGUACUUUGAUAUAAAGUUAGGUAACGCAGCUGUGGUAGCAACCCAGUGCACGCGCUCGACACGGUUUGAUACGCGCACAGCCCCAGGAUGGGCGCGAGCAUUGACAGGAGUUUUCCGAGAGCACACUGCCAAAAUGACGCAAGCCUUUAAUACAACUCAGUCCGCGGAUCGUUACACUACUCUGAGCGGAGGACACGCUCCGUCUCUCUUCACCUCUCUUUCUGCCCCUGGUCAGUGUUUAAGACGCAGAUCGCCAAGAAAUGGUCCACCUCGAGUGGUCGGUGCUCGCGCGACUUUUUGUUUGGUGUGUGACGCUGCUGCAGCACGGCGCGUGCGGUGUACAAACGCACAGGCAGCCUCCUGGUAUUGAGAUCUUUACCUCCACACAGUCAGUUACUACAGGCCAGAAAGUCCUCACCAUAGAGGGAAGAGAGUGUAAGUUUCCAUUCAGAUUUGGUGGGACUCUUUAUCAUCGGUGCAUUACCUUGGGCACUGACAGACAAUGGUGCUCACUUACUAAUAACUUUGACCGGGACAAGGUCUGGGGAAUUUGCAGUUCACGCACUAGCCGCUUCAACGUGGCUUCCCUCAGAUUCAGCACGCGAAGCCUGUGCAAUCCGAACCCGUGCAAGAAUGGUGGGGUUUGUACAGAGGUUCCUUACCGCCGUUCGUUUGAGUGCAUGUGUCCGGAUGCUUUCACAGGGGCCAAGUGUGAGCUAAAGAAGUGCUAUGAGCCACUGCACCUGAAGCAUUACAACAUCGGCGAAGUGUGGGGACGUAUCCACCUGCGCAACGUCGAGCAGUGCAUGUGCGGUAGAGACGGAGCGUCUUGUGAACGAACACGUUACAGAGCAUGUCUAACUAAUCCCUGUGAGAAUGAAGGAACCUGCAGAAUAAUUGAAAAAACAAGAGAGGCUGUAUGUGCAUGCAGACCAGGCUACAGUGGACUAUACUGUAACAUCUUGCCUGACGAAAAAUGCUAUAAAGACUCCGGUGUUCAUUAUCGCGGCACUGUGAACACUACACUCUCUGGUGCCGCCUGCCUGCCCUGGAGCUCAGACCUCAUGUACAACGAGCUUUCGGUGGACACCGUACACGACGCCUCCCAACGGGGACUCGGGGACCAUGCGUUCUGCAGGAACCCUGAUAAUGACAAGAAGCCCUGGUGCUACACGAUGAAUAAUGGAGUGAUUUCCUGGGAAUACUGUGAUGUGCCGUCUUGCAUUAAAGUUUUUACGUCUCGUAAAACUCCCAUUCCAACCUCUCUUCCCACCCCGGUGCCCCGUCUGAAGGCCACCUGUGGCAGGAUACACCCAAAGCGAGUUAAUCGAGGAAGAAUUCUGGGAGGAAAUUCGGCGAUGGCUGGCUCUCACCCCUGGAUGGUGGCCCUGUAUAUUGGCGAUGAGUUCUGCGCUGGCAGCCUGGUCUCAUCCUGCUGGAUCGUGUCAGCCGGUCACUGCUUCCUGCGCAAUCCAUUGUUGUCGUCAGUGCGUGUAGUUCUGGGUCAGCACACGUUUAAUGACACGAGCUCCAACACACAGACAUACGGCAUAGAAAAAUAUGUGUUCUACGACCAGUACAAUCAAUUCAGCCCAACAGUGCAUGAUAUUGCCCUUGUAAAGCUGAAGAAGGUAAACGGACGCUGUGCUCGUAAAACCAAGUUCAUUCGGCCGAUAUGUCUUCCGGAAGAGUCCAUGACAUUCCCUGAUUACACGUGUUGCACCAUCACAGGCUGGGGACACAUGCAGGAGAAGGGAAACUCAUAUUCCUCCCUAACAGAGGGAAUUGUGAAGCUCAUUCCAGAUGAAAGGUGUUCCUCCCCCGAGGUGUACGGCUCUGAGGUGAGAGAGGGGAUGCAGUGUGCAGGCAGUGACACCUGUGUGGAUGCUUGCCAGGGAGACUCCGGUGGGCCACUGGCAUGUGUGCGUAACGAAGUGAGUUUUCUCUAUGGUAUCAUUAGUUGGGGUGAUGGUUGCGGACGAACAGGGAAACCAGGAGUCUACACCAAAGUCACCAAGUACGUCAACUGGAUCAAUCACAUCAUCCGACACAAAAAACCUUCCCGGAAAAAAGGACUUUUUCACAUGUAUUAGCAUGCAAUUGCCAUGUGUAUUGCCAGACUUUUUUUUUUAUUAUUUUAAAGAACUGUGAAUGAAGAGUAUGUUUUAUAAUCUAAUAAAUUAUAUUGAAACCAUGACUUGUUAUAGCCUCAUGUCUCUUG